AUCGACAAUGAAUAUAAAACCCCAAGCGUUCGACCAACCAGGGUCUUAAGUUUGCAACAGCAAAGGGACUCUGCAGAACCGAACGCCACCAUGACUGUAGCGCUGACAAUUCUACUGAGUCUUGGGGUUGGAACCAUCGCUGUGUUUAGACCGGAUUGUCGGAUGACAAAACUUCCUGGGUUAUUUUUGAAUGGCGAUUCAUAUGAUCUUUUUUUGAAUGGGAAUGAGCGCAAGUGCAGGAUGGAAUGCGAAAAGGACGCCAGAUGCCGCGCCAUGACCUACCAUGCAAUUUGGACGGCAUGCUGGCUAUAUUCUGAUGUGAAGGACACAGGUCACAGUCACAUGGGCAGCUUUGUCUCUUAUCAGAGGCCACAAGAUUGUGAAGGUCCUGGUACAGUCCUUUACGGAAAAAACGUAUUGCACAGUGAAGCACUGAAGAACAAACUACAGGAGAUUGCGAAUUACAUGGGGGCCUAUGUCUUUGUACAUAGCGGGCUACGCGAAGGAAAAGAUAAGUAUCACGCCAUUGGCCAAGCCGCUGACAUUACAAUAAGCGACGUCAAUUCGAGAACCGCGUGGGAACGUCUCAAAAGCAGUGAUAUCUUCACUGGAGACUAUUACGUCGUGUAUCACGCCCCAGGGCGGAGGUCUUGCUCUACGGGCACACAUUUACACAUUGCCCGUUAUGAAAAGGAAGGGAGCACGGGCAGACCCACGUGCUGGGUUCUCGAGGGCACGACCUCUGCUAACACCUGCCUAACGUUAAAUCAUAUAAAGUGUUUGUAAGCACCAUGUAGCGAUGAAACCACUCGUACAUUUUAUAAAUGCAAUGAUAUUUUUCGGAAUGAGCCAUGUAUCUCAUUUGUAUAGAAAUUCAACGCUACAAAUAAAGCAUUGCACACGCGUCA